AUGAGUCUCAACUAUCUCACUGUUCUUGCUGUCCUCGGCCUUACAACGCAAGCAGCCUGCCAAAACGGGACAUACACUCCCCCAACCAACUGUGACCUCUCUGCGAUUCGGGAUAAUGCCAAUGCGACAGGCGUUGCCCCAUUCCCCGGGGUUAUGGUGGACGGCCCCAACGGCGAGAUCAGGUCGGAUCCAUCCUCCAACUGGUCCAUCAGCAGCACCGUGACCGACCAUGGAGACCCCUCAGGCCGGGGCACGAGCCUGAGGCUCUGGCUCGACACAUCCGCCACCGUUGGCACCAACGAAAGUACUCUCCCGUACGAUACCUGCAUCAUACAGUUGGGGGGGAGGCCCACGGACAGAGAUGGCUGUAUCAGCGCCGGCUGUUCAGAAGCGCUGAGUGAAUAUUACCGGAAUUCUGCAAGAUCUAUCGCGCGGCAGAUAGGACAGGAUGGCGGUCCCACCGACAGAUUUGACGCAUGUCACAAUCUGGUCAACUUGCAAGCGCCAGACGAGUGUGAAGACUCGAGCAGCGACGGUUCCUGGGGAUCAGCCUUCUCAAUCGCUCCAUCGUCCCUGAACCCGGACUCGGCGCUGAACUGCACACCCUCCAGACCCAGCGUGCCCAUCAACCUCGGCGGGCCCGGCUACGCCCCGAACGACACAGCUUUCGCCGUCUACGACGCCAUGCUGGCGCGCUCAAUCCCUUUCGUGCUGGCGUUCUGGUCCAACAGCACCACCAUCACAGCGAAUGGCGGCCCGGCCCCCGCCACUCCCUGGGCGGACUCGCGCGUUGGCUGUGUCAGACCGGACACGAUGAGGGUGGGGAGUCGCGCUCUGACUGUUACGUCUGGGGUUGGGAUGGUUGGGGGCCCUGGACGACGAUCCUUUGCAAUUCGCGCCGUUGCGUCGCUCGCGUUAGUAUUGAUAACGAGUAGAUGUCUGUUCUAA